GUACAGCACUCACACACGCUCCCUAUAGAGGGUACAGCACUCACACACGUUCCCUAUAGAGUUUACAUCGCUCACACACGCUCCCUAUAGAGGCUACAGCACACAAACACACUCCCUAUAGAGGGUACAUCACACACGCUCCCUAUAGAGGGUACAGCAUUCACACACGCUCCCUAUAGAGGGUACAGCACUCACACACGCUCCCUAUAGAGUUUACAUCGGUUACACACACUCCCUAUAGAGGGUACAGCACACACACACGCUCCCUAUAGAGGGUACAGCGCUCACACACGCUCCCUAUAGAGGGUACAGCACUCACACACGUUCCCUAUAGAGUUUACAUCACUCACACACGCUCCCUAUAUAGGGUACAUCACACAAACACGCUCCCUAUAGAGGGUACAUCACACACACGCUCCCUAUAGAGGGUACAGCAUUCACACACGCUCCCUAUAGAGGGUUCAUCACUCACACACACUCCCUAUAGAGGGUACAUCACACACACACACGCUCCCUAUAGAGGCUACAUCGCUCACACACGCUCCCUAUAGAGGCUACAUCGCUCACACACGCUCCCCAUAGAGGGUACAUCAUUCACACACACUCCCUAUUGAGGCUACAUCAUUCACACACAAUCCCUAUAGAGGCUACAUCGCUCAAACACGCUCCCUAUAGAGGCUACAUCGCUCACACACGCUCCCCAUAGAGGGUACAUCGCUCACACACGCUCCCUAUAGAGGCUACAGCGCUCACACACGCUCCCUAUAGAGGCUACAUCGCUCACACACACUCCCUAUAGAGGCUACAUCGCUCACACACACUCCCUAUAGAGGGUUCAUCACUCACACACGCUCCCUAUAGAGGGUACAUCACACACACGCUCCCUAUAGAGGGUACAGCAUUCACACACACUCCCUAUAGAGGCUACAUCGCUCACAUACGCUCCCUAUAGAGGCUACAUCGCUCACACACACUCCCUAUAGAGGGUACAGCACACACACGCUCCCUAUAGAGGGUACAUCACUCACACACGCUCCCUAUAGAGGCUACAUCGCUCACACACGCUCCCUAUAGAGGCUACAUCGCUCACACACGCUCCCCAUAGAGGGUACAUCACUCACACACGCUCCCUAUAGAGUUUACAUCGCUCACACACGCUCCCUAUAGAGGCUACAUCACUCACACACGCUCCCUAUAGAGUUUACAUCGCUCACACACGCUCCCUAUAGAGGGUACAUCGCUCACAGACGCUCCCUAUAGAGUUUACAUCGCUCACACACGCUCCCUAUAGAGUUUACAUCGCUCACAGACGCUCCCUAUAGAGGCUACAUCGCUCACACACGCUCCCUAUAGAGGGUACAUCACUCACACACGCUCCCUAUAGAGUUUACAUCGCUCACAGACGCUCCCUAUAGAGGCUACAUCACUCACACACGCUCCCUAUAGAGUUUACAUCGCUCACACGCACUCCCUAUAGAGGGUACAUCACUCAGUUAGUAAACUUUAAGUUCUUUUGACUUACCAAUGAAGAAAAAUGAUAUUUAAAACUUUGUUAGGAGCUACAGUUUAACAUUUGCAAUUUUCUUUUAAAGAAAUAUAUUGUUAGAAUAACUUAUAGCUGGUAGUUUUCUCAAUCUAUUCAUUACUGUCAAGUUAAUUUUGGCUGUUUUCAUUUGAAGCUGACUGUGUCUCUCUGAUCAUGAAUAUUAAUGAUAUGUGUGAUCUCAUUGGUCUCUGGCUCCUCCUCUCACUGAGGCUCCUCCCCCUGCUGAAUGCCACCCAUGUUGAGCCGCCGUCAACCACUCGCUCUCUCUCUCUCCCAGCUGCUUAUUACUGGUCAGAGAGCAGAAACUCUCCGCAUGACUGACCAAACCAGACUCAGGUUACUUCAGAGAGAGAGAGAGAGACAGACGAUGAGAGUUCAAUUUUAGAAUAACAACUUUAUCCAGUCGUGCCAAACAAAAACAGGCAGAUUUGAAUGAAAUAGUUCUUACAAAAAAUGUCUUUUAGAACGUUUUUUUUUUUUAUAACAUCAUAAAUUCACACCGUUUUCAGAGAAUUUUUGCUUUGGUUUUCACACUUAAAAAACAAGUGAAAAAAAAUCAAAUUUUCAAGAUAGAUACUCUAAAAAAUAAUAAUAAAUAUUUUAGUAAAUAAUCGAAUAAAUCUUCUAAGUCUAAAUAUUAAUAUUUACCUCUCAGUAACAGCUUUGCUAAUCAGAUAAAUGCAUCUUUGUUUAGGAAUGUUUAGAUUUUAUUACCGGAAAACAAGACAAAGACGCUCAUUAAGAAUAUGAUGAGAGAGAGAGAAGGAAUUUGCACGAGAGAGAACAACAGAUCCACAGCAGUGUGACGAGAGAGAGAAAGAGAGAAAGGGCUCAUGGGGGACAGAAAGGCAGCGGUUCGGGGGGAGAGAGAGAGAGAGAGAGAGACGUGCUGGAUUAGUGUGAGGAGAUUAAACCGCUCCGGAAUACACACAAUGUUCAGAGGGAAUUAGUGAGACCACCGUCACUGAACACAACAUCAGGGAAGAGAGGCAGAAGAUGAGCAAAAGAGAGGAAGAGGGGACAAAACUGUCAUCAAUAUGAGAAGAUAGUGAAAUAGAGGAAUGUUGGGGAUUCCCACUGACAUGUUCUUAGUCUUUCAUUGGUUUAAGUUUGAAGAGAAGCAGAAGGAAGUGGCGCCUCAUGGUGGCCAUACGGAGGAGUUACAAUAAACCCGGACUCAUGCUCUCCACUUCAGUACUAAACUGGCUCCGUCAGUAAGAUCCCCCUACAGCGAGGUGUCGUCUGUGUGUGUGGCGCGCCCUAGUGGUCAGCCACCGGAUAGCAGAGAGAUGUACAACCCCUCCAUGACCCCUGGAGCCUGUAUGGACCCCUACAUGCGGCCGCCACAUGCACCCCCACCGCACGGCAUGAUGGGACACCGUGGGAUGCCGCCGCCUGAGAGUGUCAGUGGCGCCCCCUACUGUAACCAGAGCAUGAUGUCAUCUCAUCACAACCUGUCUCAUCAUCACCAGCCAGGAUCCGAACACAUGGGAUCAGGAGACGCAUCUUGUUUCUCGACCCCUCGCUCCAUGCUGAAGUUGAGUAAGAAGCGUGCGCUGUCCAUCUCGCCCCUGUCCGACGCCAGCGUGGACCUGCAGACCGUCAUACGGACCUCGCCCAACUCGCUGGUGGCCUUUGUCAACUCUCGCUGUGGGCAGAAUGCUGCCAGCUCAUACGGGCAUCUGUCUGUGGGCACCAUGAGUCCGUCUUUGGGAUUCUCCAGCUCCAUGAACUACCCGUCCAGACCUCAGGGGAACAUGUACAGCUCUCCAUCAUGCCACGGGCCUCCACCUCGCCUGCCUCCGCACAACCCCAGACUUCACGGCCCUCCGAAACACACACAUCUGAAGACAGAACCGGUUCUGGGAAGCGUGAUGGACAGCAUUAACAUCAAGAGCCUGGAGGAGCAUUCGGAGGGGGACGUGGCGAGUCCGUCCUCCACUGGAACCCAGGAUCCUCUCCUGGGUCUAUUAGAAGGUAGAGAUGAUCUGGAUAAAGAGGAGAAACCUGAACCAGAGGCCAUCUACGAGACCAACUGCCACUGGGAAAGCUGCAGCAAAGAGUUCGACACUCAGGAACAACUCGUGCAUCACAUCAAUAACGAGCACAUCCACGGGGAGAAGAAGGAGUUCGUGUGUCACUGGAAGGACUGCUCUCGAGAGCAGAGGCCCUUCAAGGCGCAGUACAUGCUGGUGGUCCACAUGCGCAGACACACCGGCGAGAAACCUCACAAGUGCACUUUCGAAGGCUGUAAUAAAGCGUACUCGCGUCUGGAGAAUCUGAAGACUCAUCUGCGCUCGCACACCGGCGAGAAACCGUACGUGUGUGAACACGAGGGCUGCAACAAGGCUUUCUCCAACGCGUCAGACCGAGCCAAGCACCAGAACAGAACACACUCCAAUGAGAAACCAUACGUUUGUAAGAUUCCCGGCUGUACAAAGCGCUACACAGACCCGAGCUCUCUGAGGAAGCAUGUGAAGACGGUACACGGACCUGAGGCUCACAUCACUAAAAAGCACCGCGGAGACACCGGUCCACGUCCUCCAGGUCUGACCCCUGCAGGUCAAAGCUCUGAACUUCUGAUAGAAAAAGAGGAGAGAAGCAGAGAGGACUGCAAAUUACUCGCUCCGGAAACCACACUGAAAUCUCAGCCAAGCCCUGGUGGCCAGUCGUCCUGUAGUAGCGAACGUUCUCCACUGGGGAGCGCCAACAACAACGACAGCGGUGUGGAGAUGAACCUUAAUGCAGCGGGCAGUCUCGAGGACCUGACCACACAAGAGGAGAACGGGAACACUGGUGUGGCCGAGUCCAGCGGUGGCGUGGGGUCGGGGGGAAUGUGCAUGUCCGUACAGGCCUUGAAGAGGUUGGAGAACCUGAAGAUUGACAAACUGAAGCAAAUUCGCCGACCAACGCCACCUGGGCGGAGCGGAGGAAACAAACUACCGGCUCUCUCAGCAGGAGAGAUGAUGGGCAUGUGUGCGCCCUCACCCUUGCUCUCCAACCGGCGGGUAAUGGAGCUUUCUGCCCCUGAUCUGGGCGGAGUUAGUGGAAUGGGAAUGUCCUGCCCACCUAACGAUCGGCGCGGCAGCGGCACCAGCAGCCUCAGCUCUGCCUACACAGUGAGCCGCCGUUCCUCCAUGGUCUCGCCCUACCUGUCAAGCCGCCGCUCCAGUGAAGUGUCCCAGGUGGGUCACUGCCAGUCUGUGAUGGGGACCGAUGUGCCCGGUGAUCCACUGUCUCCUCAGAACAGCCAAAGAAGCGGAUCGUGCCAGAACGCUGGCGGAUUGCCAGGUCUUCCAAGUCUCACUCCUGCGCAGCAGUAUAGUCUGAAGGCUAAAUAUGCAGCGGCAACAGGUGGCCCACCGCCCACCCCACUACCCAACAUGGACCAACCUGGCACCCCUGGCAGACAUGUGGGAUUCUUGAGAGAAUGCCAUGGCCAGCCUCUUCCUCCAUUUCUGCAGCAAGGUGGCAUGAGGAGGCACAGUGCUAAUGCCGAAUACGGCACGGGAGUGAUCUAUCCGCAUCAGGCACCCGGCAACAACACGAGACGUGCCAGCGAUCCAGUGCGCUCAGGGGCUGACCCGCAGGGUUUACCCAAAGUGCAACGCUUUAAUAGCCUGAGCAACGUGUCCCUCAUGAGUCGCCGCAACGCGCUGCAGCAGUGCGGGUCUGACACCGCUCUCAGCAGGCACAUGUACUCACCUCGUCCACCGAGCAUCACUGAAAAUGUCAUGAUGGAGGCCAUGGCCAUGGAACCUCACGGGAACACCGAAGGCAGAGAGCAGGGCAACUUGAUCCAUGGUGGAGACAGAGCUUACAUGGGCUACCAGCAAACUCAGCACCACCCUCACAAUGCCAGUCAACUGUCUCCUGGACAAGAAGGCUUGGGCUGCAUGGAUCAAGUCUACCAGUCUCAAAUGCAAGGUCCGUACCAGGGCCAGAGUGAGGAGAUCUGCGCAACCGGGGUGAUGGGUCAGGCUGAAAUUGCGAACAAUCUUCUACAGCAAGCUGAGUAUGGCAUGAGCACCUGUCAACUCAGUCCAUCCGGCCCACACUAUCCUAGUCAAGGUGAAGGUUCAGGGCCCUGGGGACAGACCAACCAGCUCCACAGCCCUCAGACCGGCAUGCAGUAUCAGGGUGCAGGCAUGCAAGGACAGCACUACCUUCAACAGGGCAUAUACGACCCUGCAUCUGACCCUGGCCAUCAAAGAGUUACUGUAAAACCUGAACAGUUCCAUCCGUCCAUGGGAGGAUCCAGUUCCUGCCAGAACACCAAACCUCUACACCAGCAUCGGCAUAAUACGAAUAUGCAGGGAUAUCCACCGCAAAGCCAAGGGCUCAUGGGAAGGUCCUCCAAUGCCAGCUGUGACUUCCAUCAUGGCCAGAUGGGAACACAAGCCGGACAUCCGCAGCAAAGCCAGGCGGGAUCGUUCCCGAGCAGCGGAGGAAUAAAUCUUGCGUUGGCGGAGAGCCGCAGGUCGCAGACACCAAUGCAUCAAAUGAAAGAGAUGAUGGUGAGGAACUACGUGCAGUCACAGCAGGCUCUCCUAUGGGAACAGCAGCAGGAGCAGAGGGUAGUCGAUGGUCUCUCCGGGAAGCCUGACAGCAUAGACAUGGGAGGACAAACGGCGAUGCUGCAGCACAGCCCACAGCAUCAACAAGCUAACCAGAACCUUUACCCCGGUAACACUUAUCAAGGCUUCCCGAAUCAGAACUUGAUGAGCCCACCACAAAAUCGAGUUCCCAGUUCUGUCAAGGAGCAUACAGCCGGGAUGCAGGGCUCCUGCUACGGGCCAGACAUGGUGCCACGACCACCUCAGGGACGGAAGCCUCUGAGUCGCCAGAACAGCCUCUCCCAGCAGGCAGGUGGGGCUUAUCUGGGCAGCCCACCUCACCUCAGCCCGGUCCACUCCACCGCCAGUCCCAGAAGAGGAGUGCGGCUCCCACCGGUUCAACAGCAGCAGCAGCAGCAUUCAGAAAACUUCACAAAUAACAACAAUCCCAUGUAUUACACAGGCCAGAUACACAUGCACCAUGACAUAGAGAAGACUCAGGAUGGUCCAUGUCUGGCCCAGCAACACCUGACAGGGAUAGACCCUAGUACCAAAUCCACAUCGAUGGCCUACUCGGACCCUGCACCCAUGUCCAAUGCCUUAGAAAACCUGGACUUGGAGAACGCUCAGAUUGACUUUGCUUCCAUCAUCGAUGACCCAGAGCCUUCAUCUUACAGUCCAAUAAACCCACCACUGGGACACCACCAGUGCUCCUCUCAGACCUCCUCCCGUCUCACCACACCCCAAACCUCCAUCACCCUUCCAAGUGGCCUCUCUAAUAUGGCAAUCGGGGACAUGACCUCAAUGUUGACGUCCCUAGCCGGGGAGAACAAGUACUUGAACACGUUAUCUUAAAGUGUUUCUACAUAUAAUUGGGCCAAAGUGAGCACGUGGACUCAGAAACUAUUGCCCUCACAACACUAAAGGUUCCUCUGAACGUCCCUCUUCUUGUUUGCACGCCACGUACUGAUGGUUCUGCUGGUGUCCUACAUGGGAUCUCGCAGAUUUUGCGUAAGAGUUUUGUGUGUGAAAUAUGUUGCUAAACAUUACCACAGAGGCCUAAUGACUAUUAUUACUCAAGGGGCAUUCCAGUCACUACUGUGAGACUGUUAAGAUGGAAGUCUUUGUUUAAAAUGUAAAUAUGAGCUUUGGACUGUAAUUGGUGGGAAGAUAGAAUCAAAGAAAAUUUACUUUUUGAUACAUAUCUGGACUUGGACUGGCAAAAAAAGCCACAUGAACACCACAUAAGAAGACUGAAAUACAAAGUGAGUGAAUGUGUAAAGGAAGAAGCUAGUAGGCACAUUCUCUAAAAGUAUUGGUAAAGACAGGACUCAAGUGCCUUUGACAAAUUGUGGCCUCUUAUCUUUGAUUCCUCACAGGUACGACAAGUUGGAGAAAACGAGAUACAUGGAUAGAUGGAUAAACACAGCAUAAAGCCCAAAGUAUACUUCAGUUUUGACACAAACACCUAGCGUAUGAGUACAGUCCAAUGCAUAGCCUUUCAAAGUAUACUCCAUUUGACAGUGAGCAUGAACACAAGCGGUUGAAAGUUACAUUUCGUCUGCGCUAUUUCUUUCCAGAAGUUUUGAGCAAUAAAAAACAUUUUUGUACUCUUUUAAACUAGAGUUCUCUGUAUCUCUGAACUCCCUCACACAAGCGGGAGUUUAUUGUUUUUCCGUCUUUUGGAGUUUGAUGUGCCGUCCAUUUCUAUUUCGACCAUGAAAAGGCCAGGCCAGUGCCGCCUUGUGGACCAACUAAUUAGUGCAAAAAAAUUCAAGGCACAUGCGCGAGCUAAGCGCGCAGACUACAUGUGGUUAGAAAAAAGGGGCUAUGAUGAUGAUGAAAUUUGCGUUAUAUGCACUGUGCACAUGAGCGUAACACACACACACACACAAAAGUAUACUUUGGGCUUAAGAGAAAGGGUUUUCUCAUUAAAACUCAUUGCUUACUGUCAUAAUGGCAGAUUACAGAACAGUAUUUUAAAGCCUUGUCAAUUAUCGCUCUAGGUCUAGACAAGUGGCUUUGAAUCAUAAUAUUCAUUCAAAGUUGUAGUGUUUGUUUUCUGAUUGUUUGACUAGUCUGAUUUCAGACAGAUACGUUAAAGGGCAACGGCACUGAGUUGUGUUUUUUUUUGUAAUGUUUCUCUUAGUCUGCGCUGCGCCACAUAACCCAAGCUAGCAUGCAUAUGCAUUGCACUGACAACAGCACUGAGCUGAGGAGAAGUGAUGAAUUUUUAUUAAAGUUUCCACAUAGUAUGAAAGUUACAGUGCAGGUACUUGAUGUUUGUCAAGCUUUUGGUUUUAAGUCCUCUGUUAUUUCAACACAUUGUGCCUAACUCAUUUUAAGUAUCUAUUUGUCAUUUAAGUGUUAUCGAGGGGUGCGGUACGGACACAACCCUUUAAAAAUCCCAGUGUUUCCACUUUCUGUGGGCAUACCAAAGACGACUGGCACUGAGACGAGGCCACACUUGAUACUUGCGAGAAACACCAUCAUGUGCUUCCAUAUUGCUGUGAUAAAGAAUGUUUCCUCUUUUUUAAAGAAAAAAACAAAAAAACAUUUUGUGGUUUUUGCUUUUCUGUGUGUUUUUAUAUCUGUCACAGUUCACUCAAACCUUUUUGCUGGCAAAAGUUCAUAAAGUAGUAACAGAUUUAUGAUAUUAGCAUUUAUCUCAUCUAUUUACAAGGAAACUAAGUGAUAUUUUUGCGUACCAUUUUCUACAUUUUUGUACAAAGGUACUAUAUUAUACCAGUUUAUAAAUAAACAGAGCCUGUGAUGGAAGAAGA